UUUAGUUUACAGUACCAGAGACGGACCAACGAUAGAAACAAAUCCGGCUGUCACGGAUUCUUAACGAUAACGGAUUAAAAGACGAAAUCGGCGCUGAAAUACUUAACAAAGAUAUUUAGGAGAGCUACUCUCCGUUCGUCUUUAACGCUUUUCCUUCGGAUCUACGUCGCACGUCGUCUCUGACGUUACGCUAACGUUACAAACAAUAAUAACAAUGGCUUCUGGGUCGCCGUCGUCCUCUCCGGACACUGCGACGGGCUCAGGUACAGAUCCAGCCCGGCCCGACACAGGGGAGCCUCUCGGUGGUGCAGGCUCGGACUCUGACUCGGACCUGGGUUUGGGUAAAUUUGACUGCAGCGCCAUGGAAAUGGGGGACCGAUUGGAGGGAGAAGAGCUGGAGCGGGAGUUUCAGUCUGCAGCCGACCGGGUACGAGAUCUGGUUCAGACGGCCAGCAGGGACCAGCUGCUGUACCUGUAUGCACGGUACAAACAGGCCAAGGUUGGAAAGUGCAAUACACCAAAGCCUGGCUUCUUUGACUUUGAAGGACAGAGAAAAUGGCAAGCUUGGAAGCAGCUUGGAGACAUGGAAGCAGAUCAGGCAAUGCAGGAGUACAUUUCCUGUGUCAAUGUGUUAGACCCUGAAGGCUGCACAAAGGAAAGACGAGGAGCAGAAAGACGAAUGGGCUUCGGAGCAGCAGUCAGCUCUCUAUACCAGGAGGAGAUGAUCAGGGAAGAGGAUAAGAACAUCUUUGACUACUGCCGAGAAAAUAACAUUGACCACAUCAGCAAGGCCAUCAUCUCCCAGAAAGCGGAUGUCAAUACUAAAGACGAAGAGGGCCGAGCUCUGCUGCACUGGGCCUGUGACAGAGGACACAAGGAGCUGGUUUCUGUGUUAUUGCAGCACAAAGCCGACAUCAACAGUCAGGAUAAUGAAGGACAGACAGCACUACAUUAUGCAUCGGCGUGUGAGUUUGCCGACAUCGUGGAGCUCCUGCUGAACGCUGGAGCCGACCCGUCCAUCAAAGACACGGAGGGCUCUCUCCCCGAGGAGGUCACUGAAUCCAGUGCCAUCUCCUCUCUCCUGCGUCAGCACACGGCUCCGAAAGGCUAGAUGGGGCAUCUUCCAGCACGUUUCAUCCCUGUUCCGCUCAUUUGCUCUUCAUCAUCCCUGCUUAAUCCCUGAAGAGACUCUGUUCAUCCCCAGCAGUUAGUAAACCAGGAUUGCUGAUAGAGUUUUAUUUUAUUUAAUUUUUCAAAUACUUGAGGUGAGUUUGAUUUCAUUGGCUUAGCUCUUUGGAGGGUGUACACAUUAGCCCUUCUGUUUGAUAAGACAUAUGAAAGCAAGAACACCAUAUGUCGUUUCAUCUAAAUAUUGCAUAUUAACAUUAUGUGCCCGGUAGGGUUGAGUGAUAUGUCGGCUACUGCGAGCGCUGGUGCAGAUUUUGCUAUACUGAGGUAGUUAUACCUUAAAUAUCUCUUACUGUAUUCGACCAAUGCAGGCAAUGUUGCAAAUCAUGAGUAGGACUGCUUAUUGGCAGUAUCGGAAUGACAGGAUUUGUGCUUCAAUGUGAUGAAAUAUCUGGAUUUACCAGGUAUUUAAGUCACUGGAAAAACCAAAAACAGACAUUCCCAUUCACUUAAUUUAUCUGUAAACGAUAUGAAAUUCCCAAUAAUUCAUAGUCAAAUCAAAUAUUUUUUACAUAUCGUCCACUCCUACUGCCCAGGUCUGCCGAUCAGCCAGGCCUUUCAGUCAGGGUCAGCCCUCUGACCAUUUGUUCAUGAUUCAGUCGUUACGUUCAAGGAAUGCUUUAAUCAUUUGUCACAUUAAAGUCUUCAACAAAUACUUUCCCUCCGAGUUGUUUUCUGCUCAUUAGAUAACUUAAAGUCAACAUCGGAUGGUAGUGUGGCACGCUAUAUGGUACUCUUAUUAUUUAUAGUUCAAACACACACACACACACACACACACACGAGUAUACAGUGUAUACUACUGCAGCCCUUGUUCAAGUAAAACCUGAACUGACAUCGCACCACAAUGACUCUAAGGCAUACAUUAUCCAUACAGAUUAAACUAACUGAGCUUUUCAUUGAUACAGUUUGGAAACAUAGAUCCUUUAUGAUAAGCUUCAUUGGAAUAAACUAACAUUUGUGUUUUGAGUUUAAAUGAUUUACAAAAUGGGUAAGUUACACAAAGCAAACACGGAACAUUUUAAAAACGGUAGAAAACUUUGGGGGUAUCGCACAGAAAACACCCCCUACCAGGACCUGGACCUGCAAAUGUAGGUAGCAAUAUUAAAAGUCCAGAGAGAGAAAAUAAAAACGAAUAGACUAUAAUCACAUCACCAACAACUUGACCGUGCUUUAAGUCUAACCAUGUUGGUAUGCCAUAAUACAAAUGAGCACUAAUAUAAGUUCAAUGAAACCUCAUUUAUUUGUCUGUAAUAUAAUGCUGUCAAAACCAAUGAUAACACACGGCUGGAAUCAUCAACUAACUAAAAUGGCCCAUCUUCAUCGACCUCACAGUAUACGCACAACACACUGUUCAUACAGCGCUGGACUCUACAACCUGCCUCUGUGGUAUUAUGUCAUAUAGGAGAGAGCUGGAUGUUCUCCAAAAAUAACCAACACAUGGUCUGAGUCCAAAUCUGCUUUA